GCAUGUGCCUUGCAUGACCAGAACUGUACCUGAUGCAGCUAUAAGAUGUCGACAUCUGCUGUCGCUUCACAUCACCGUUCUCGAUACAUAUCUUCAGCCUGAUCCAAGAUGAAGUUCUCUUCUAUCAUCGCGCCUCUUGCGCUGGCCUCCAGUGUCACCGCCACUGCUAUCCGCAACCGCGACUGGUCAGACUGGCAAAACUGCCUGUCGCAAACUCAAGCCGAGACGAUCGUCAACCAGUACGCUUCGAUCCUCACCCACUCGGAUCCCACCACUGCCAAUACCACUGCUCAGGCACUUCUCGAUGUCAACUAUACCGAGAUCAGUGACUCAAUCUUGUCGCUUGAGGGCCAGCCACUCGGAACCGCAACCUUUGUCGGCAAGGAUACGUACAUCACCGGAGUCCUCGAAUCACCUCCCGUGACUGGAAUCAACACUCUCGAGAUUGAUGUCGCCAACUGCAACAAGAUUCUGUGGUACUGGAAGUUCACUGGAAUUGGUAGCGAGGAGUAUGAGAUCAAGGGCUUCAACCUCUUCACCAUCACCCCUGCCGGACAAAUCAACCAGACCAACUUGGAAUUCAACAGCAUCGCUUGGGCUUUGGACACUGGCUACCAGGUCAUCUUCCCCACCAGCACCACCGUCACCUAAAUGAUGGGGUCUGGAAAGAUGACU